CGCGAACUUUAACGACAGUCAGCUCACAGCCGUCGCACGAGUUAUACUUGUCAAACGUAAAUGUCAAAUGUUCCAGCGCAAAAUCCGCGAAAGAUGUAAUUGCAUUCCGUGUUUAGACUUUAGAACCACAGAAUAUAGACUGCAUGGGUUAAAAGAACUGACCAGUGUACAUUUGUAAAUAUUUUUUUAAAGUGUUUUUGUUUAGUGUAAAUAAUUUAAUUUUAAAUCUAUAAAAUCCUGUGAUAUUAGUAUUUAAGUAAGAGCGCCGGAGGGAUUAAAACCGCAAGCAUGGUUGGAGCACCCGAUGUCGUCAAGCCUUCUGAGAAAGUUGAAUCCUACUCGCCUCACAUCAACGGCAACCCGAUAUUCACCAUCAGCGAUGAGAUUGGCAGCCCGGACAGCGGAUACACCAUGGCGUCGAUAAACUCCAACGGUGACCUCAAGAGCCCUGGAGACCCGCCGGACAAGAAGAUCACCGACGCGGAUGCGGAGAAACAGCCUUUGUCCGGGAAGAAGGAAGAAAGAUGGUGGAACACGCUGAUGCAGGUGGCCGUCCCGUUCUUCAUCGCCGGCUGCGGAACCAUCGGCGCCGGUCUCGUCCUCGGCAGUAUCAGGAAUUGGGAAGUGUUCCUGAAAGUGAAUGCCAUAUUCGUCCUGGUGCCAUCUCUAUCUGGGUUAAAAGGUAAUUUGGACAUGUGCCUUGCAUCCCGGCUGUCGACGCAAGCGAACCUGGGGAACAUGACGUCGUCGCGAGAAGUCAUAUCCAUGGUGGUCGGAAACAUAUCAUUAGUUCAGGUACAAGCAAUAGUGGCUGCGACAGUGGUGGCGAUAUUCGCGGUGACAGUGAACACCAUCGCCGACAGAGCUUUCAACGGGAGCUACGUGCUGCUGCUCAUCGCCUCAGCUGUGUUCACCGCGACGACCACUUGCUUUGUGUUAGAUUUCGUGAUGGUUAUGGUGAUAUUCGGGUCACAGAAGUUCAAAGUAAACCCGGACAACGUGGCUACGCCUCUCGCUGCCUCCAUUGGCGACAUCGUCAGCAACUCGGUUCUCGCAGUCACCGCACAGUACAUGUUUGAGCAGAUCCAAAUAUCGCUGUGGCAGCCGAUCGCCCUGCUGUGCGUGUACUACAGCCUGCUGCCGAUCUGGGUGUUCAUCGUGUGGAGGAACAAGUACACCAAGACGGUGCUCACGACCGGCUGGACGCCAGUGAUUUCUGCACUCUUCAUCAGCGGUGUCGGGGGCAUAGUCCUAGAUCAAGCGGUAGACCAGUUCCCAGGCUAUGAAGUAUUCCAGCCCAUAGUGAACGGCAUCGGUGGCAACCUGGUCUGCGUGCAAUCCUCGCGGCUGGCAACACAUCUGCAUCAAACGGCGAUUCCCGGGGAACUGCCUGAGAACACAAGGCUCAUCGAGUGGCCGUGGAAGACGCUAUUCUAUGGAACAACGGCAGCGAAGGUGGCGCGAAUGCUGCUGAUCCUGGCGCUGUGCGGGCAGAUCGUGUUCAUGUUUGUGGCUGACUUCAUCUUCCAGGGUUUGGUUACUAUCCAAGUCGCGUUUGGCAUCACUUACGUCGCGUGCUCUCUUGUGCAGGUUAUGGUGCUAUUAUACCUGGCGUACAUCCUGAUCCAUUUCAUGUGGAAGAAGAAGAAGGACCCGGACAACGCGGCCAUCCCCUACCUGACGUCACUCGGCGAUCUCCUCGGCUCAGUAUUCCUCGGUCUAGCGUUCCUAAUCCUGUCCCUCUUCGGUAUGGAGUACGGCAACAACGUGCCAAAAUAGGGUGCUUAGAAUGUGGCUGAAAACCCAAAGGAAGCUUGUGGAAUUUUUUGACGCACUAUAAAAAUGCUACAUUCAAUUCGGCCGGCGUAGGAGUCGGCGAAAUACUUGGUGUACAAAAGUCUGUUUAACUCGUAAAUAACUGUCAAAAUUAACGCGAAUUAUCGGAAUAUGCUUGAGUAGUGUGAAUUCCGUCUGGAGUUCUCACUCUUUUCUUUCUUCUUCUUAGGCAGGCUCCCGCACUUAAAGGUUUCCGUCUGUUGUGCGUGUAUAGCCUCUCCCCGCCGAAGUCUUCACUCCAGCCAUCCAAGCUCGCUUCAGAAGCCGAGUAGACCGCCCAGAUCGCCGACUUCUGGCUGGGGAUCUUAAGUAUUGUUCGCGUUGUUCCGCCACACCCGUGCACUGUAGCAGCAUGUCUGUCGGUGUUUCAUCUACCCCCAUGCAGGCCCUGCACAGAGGACUGUCGGUGACACCUGUAAAUGUAAAAGGUGUUUGUUUAGUAUCCUUACUUAUGAGCAGAUUUGCGUGAAGUAAACUGCGUAUGCCAAGGACAGCAACACGAAGUGUGAAGGGAGUAGUUGAGGUUAAAGGGGAGGUGGCACUACAUCAGCUCCGCCUGCUGUUCAUCAUCGCUGGCGUCGUUGACAUAAUUCUGUUUGCCUUGUGCCCCAAAAAAGAACUCUGAUCGUGAAUCUGCGCAUGUGAUUUAUCGAUCUAUUUGUAUGUACAUGAUGAUGCGCAACGGCGGGAGUGUAUUCUGCCGCGCGAUUAAUCUGUCAGUCAAUUUUCGUUUUCCACGCCUUAUGGAAGAACAGUAGGUACCUAUACGCAGACACACCCUCAGCCAUAUUCAACCAAAGCGCUUUUUACCCAUUACCUAUUUAUUGGCAAAUGUGAAAAAACUGAUACUGACUUUUGACCGCCACGUGCAACAAAAUCGUCGCACUUCCUCGCCGGCCCUUAAGGUACAUCCACAUCUGCGCACGCUCACGAACUGUGCACACAACGCGCACCAAAUAUAUGGACCCAUUAUUGUCUCUCAGGUGCAUAUCGUAAACGCGUAUAAUAUCUCCUUUGUACUCUUUGAACGCGACUUGUACGCGAACCGCUCGGAAACCACUCGUGGACACGUUCACAUUAUGUUCUUAUCAUGCGUGUUGACUUCUUUCCUCACUCUGGGCUGGUUUCCGCACUUAAACGUUUCCGUCUAUCAUGCGUGUUGUGUGCUCGGUUCGUGUGCGUGGGCAGGUUGGAUCUGCCCUUAGAUAUAACCAAUAUUUGCGUAUGGCUAUCGCGCGAUGCCAAAAUGUAUUUUGCUAACCGAAUGCCAUCCAUUUAUUUUUGUAUUCGCGUUGUUUUGAAUGGAAUGAAGUCGUAAUGCUCGCAAA